AUGCCCUCUGCUCCUGCCGCUCCGAUCCAUGCAUCCGCCGAUGGCCUUCAGGUAGCCGUCCGAUCAACGUGGCGCGUGGCCAACGGCGAUUGGUCGUUCGUGUCCGACGUAUCAGAAACACAGAUCGAGGAUGUUAGAAACGCGGAACGAGUCGACUGGGAGUUGAAUGGAGAGGAAGGCGGAGGGGGCGGCGGAAUCUGCGGAACGUUUCCCCUCCUUCCCCUCUCCCCCCUUGCUCCCCCGCCUCCCCCCUCCCCCAAUCUUUCCCCUCCCCCAAUCCUCCCACUCCCCCCGCCAGUGCUCUUCCCCGCCCGCGCCGUCCGCCUGCAUUCCCUCCACCUCAUCACCUCGGCGCGCUUUGCUGAGCUCUACGCAGCUCAUGCCACGUGGCAGGGCGCCACGGGGCAGGGGGAGGGCGCACCCGGGGGAGGAGAUCUGGGGGAGUAUGUGUGCACUGUCAGGGGGGAACCCGCGGGGGCGAUUGGAGGGGGAGCGGGGGGAGGCGGAGGAGGGGGAGAGGGAGGUGGAGGGGUAGGCGGAAUGGGAGGGGGAAUGAGAGGAGCAGGAGGAGGAGAAGCCAUCAACCGUCCUCCUCUCCACUCCCUCCUCUUGCAGGUGGCACCUCCCCCAGAAGCAGACGACUGCUCCCACAGCAACUGUGGCUCCGAAGCAGAAGCAGCUUCGUCAACAGGUUCGGCAGCAGGCUCAACAGCAGCAACAGCAGGGGCAUGCCUCUCCGACGCAUGGCUCUGCUCGCUCUCUCUCAAGCUGCUGGGUCUCAGGGGAGGGUCUACAGUCUCUAUCCACUCCCUCCGCCUCUCACUCUCCCCUGGCCCCUUCCUUCCCUCCUCUCUGCCUCACUCCGCCCUUUCCGCUGCCGCCGCUUCUGCUGCUUCAUCUGCUUCUGUUUCAGCUGCGGCUGCAGCUGCUGGUGCUGCUGCUGCUGCUGCUGCUGCUGCUGCUGCUGCUGCUGCAGAAGAGACAACAGCAGCAGUAGCUGCUGCGCCGAACCUCCUGCCGAGCCUGUCUCCGAACCUGUUGUCAAUGCUGCCUCAAGAGAUGCUGGCUAAGCUGCCUCCGAACUUGCCUGCUGCUUUGGCAGGUGGCAUGGGUGGCAUUGUUGGUGGUAACAUGGGUGGUAACCCGAGUGGUAACAUGUCAGCAACAAUGCUCCCGCUCCUCCUCGCGUCCCUUGCGGCUCCCUCCAAAACCCUCCGCCCUCCCCCUUCCUCUGCUCCCUCCCUUCCCUCCUUCCCUCCCAGCAUCACCUCUCACACUCCCCUCGCUCCUCUCUCUGCUCCUCCUCCUAACCCGCCUCCCUCCCAAGACCUCCUCACUCACUCGCCUCUCCUCCUUUCUCUCGUGCAUCGAGUUGAGCGAUUGGAGAGGGUGUGUGCCAGGCUGGAGGCGCAGGUGACAGGUGGCAUGUCGCGAUUGGCCACACGGCUGGAUAAGGUUGAAUCCAGCGUUCGUGUGAUGCAGGCGACUCAUGCCUCCCCCACUGCAUCUGCUUUGGCAACUGCUGGCACUGCUGCUACAAAUGGUGCUGAUGCUACAACUGAUGCUACAGCUGCUGCUGCUGCUGCUACAGCUGCUGCAGCUUCUGCUGCUGCAUCCACUGGGUUUGAGGCACCUCAAACGUCUCUCGUUCGUGUGAUGCAAGCGUCUCAUGCCUCCCCCAUUGCUUCUGCUUUGACUCCUGCUGCUGCGACCGCUCUUGAUGCUACAAGUGCUGCUGCUGCUGCUUCUCCUGCUGCUGCGGCUGCUGCUGAUACAUUUGCUGCUGAUGCGACAGCCGAUGCUGCUCCUUCCACUCGAUUCGAGGAACCCCAAACUGCUGCUUCUAUGCCUCUACUCCCUGAUACAGUUUCUGCUACAGCCGCCGCUGCACCAAUCAACACAGCCGCUGCUACAACCACUGCUGCUCCCACCACCACAGCAGCUGCUACAGCAGCUAGCGAAGCAGCGGUUGCUCCAAGCACUCUCGCAGCCAGGAAUUUCAUGGGCGAGGUUGACGGGGCAAGGGAGGGUAAGGGGAUGGAAGAGACGCGGAAGGAGGGGGAGGAAGGCACAUGGAGGGAUGUCACGACCGAAGUGGUGACUGAUGCUGGUGGUGGCAGUGGUGGCAGUGGUGGCAGUGGUGGUGGUAGCAGUCGUGGUAGUGGUGAUGGUGGUGGUGACGAGGGAUCUGCUGCUGCUGAGACAGCAGCUGCAGAGGCAGCCAAGGCAAUGGAAGCAGCAGCAGCUGCUACUGCUGUUGCCGAAUCAGAAAGGCAUGUAGCAAAUGCGGAGGAAGCAGCAGCAGCAGCAGCAGAUGCCAAGGCAGUCAAAAAGCCAGGGGUGGAUGACUUAGCCAAGGCAGUCAAAGAGCAAGGGGUGGAUGACUUCUUAAAAGAGAUACUUAGCCGAAUGGAGCGGCGGCAGCAAGCAGAAUCUCUUAAAGAACCAGGGGCUGCUGUGGUGCAAGGGGGGGGUGCUACCUUGAUGGAAAUUACGGAGAAACGUGGAGUGGGUUGGGAUGAGAGCAGCAGUGGGAGGGAGAAGGGGAGAAGAGUAACGGGGGAAAGUGGGAAUGCGAAGGAGGAUGGGGGGUUUGGAGGGGAAGAGGGGAAAGAGGUUUUUGGGGUCCCUCUAAGGAAUGGUGAGGCUGAGGACGAGAACAAGGAGCAGGCUGAGCAAGUGGAGGAGGAAGAUGGGGAAGUGGCUUCUGUGGUUCCUCUUAGGAAUGAUAAGGCUGAGGAGGGGGGCAAGGAGGCUGAGCAAGUGGAGGAGGAGAGGGAUGGGAUGGGAUCAGUGGAGGGGGGUGAGAAGUGCAGAGUGGGGAGUUGUGGGGAUUUGCAAAGCUCAUCUGAAGCAGAGAUGAGACCAGGAGGGGAGGCUGUGGAGGAAGCAGGUGGUGAGAUGGGGGGAGGUGGUGGGAUGGGGGAAGGUGGUGAGAUGGAGGGGGAUGGCGAGAUGGGGGAAGGUGGUGAGAUGGGGGGAGAAGUAAGAAUGGGGGAAGGUCACUCGAGCAAGUUGCACUGCAUUCUGGAAAAGCAGAUAGAGAGUGGUGGGGGGUUGGCGGAGAGUGGUGGAGAGGUGUUAUAG